GACACGGACCUUCCUCCCAGAAUGCCCCGCGAGAGAGGCCCAGUGAGGGCGGAAGUGGCCCUCCUCCUCGGGGAGAACAUGGGCCCAAGAUGGCGCCUCACUGUGGCUGCCUUUUUGGAGAUCAUGGCUACAGCCUUCGGCGGGUUGGCGGAGGUGGCUUUUGAGAAUGAGGGGAAAAGCCAAGCUAAUUCAUUGGGGACUACUCCAUGCUGGCGGACUGAAGACUUUGUGGUGACACUGCAGUGUGCCCCGUGCACGAGUUUUCAAACUAAAACGAUGCCAGAAUGCAGCGUGACCGGCUUCAUUGAGCAGAUCAACUGUAGCGCUUCCAAGAAGGGUGAAUUCAAGAGUUGCCGUUCUACCGAGAUGGAGACCCACCUCUUCUGGAAGUUUGAGGGGGCCAUGCUGAGCGCGGCGGCCAUCUUUGCCCUGUUGGUGGUGUGUCGGCAGCGCAUCCUUGACCGCAAGGCCUUGGAGAAAGUCCGCAAGCAGAUUGAAUCCAUCUAGUGGUGGUUGCCUUUUGCUGUGGGCCCUUUCAAGAUGGAGGAUGGUCACCAAAUGGGGGCCUUUCACCUUUCCAUGGACGGACAUCAGUUGCUUCUGUCUGGCCACUUGAGUAUGCUCUUCCCAUGUGAACAUUACAGGGACUCUGGAUAGCACUGUAACCCAGAUUGGGGCAGUGAAAUGAGGUCAGCCAUGUCAUGUCUCUCAGCAUCCUUGGCGCUUGUAUUGAAAUCCUUCCCUCCCCAACACCUUCGUGUACCCGUUUUACAUCCUCUACCUGGAAAUCUGAACCCAGUUCCUUCCCUGGCCAGCGCAGGACUUAAAGGAAUCUCCCCCCGCCUCCCCUUCUUGGUCGUGGCACUGUGAAUUUAAAUUGUUGACAUUGUUGAGCAUCUUUUUAAAGUCUUGCAAUGAGACAGAGAAGUAACUGGUUUUCAGGCCCUCAUCACAUAACCUUUAAGCUCCUUUUGGACUUCUGAAAUACGAACGCACACAGUCACAUUAAAACUCUGUUUUUUUAAAA